UGUAAAAGGCAAAAAAAAACGUAACUAUUCCAACCGCUCAAAUAAUCAUUGAACCUGUUUUUUGCAAUGGUAAACAAGUUUCCCUGAUUUUAUUUACUUACCUAUUUGAUAAAAUUCAAGUUCUGCAUAAAAAUUCUCAUUUCCCAAGUCUUUUCUAAUAUAGUUCAAUAUUAUGGUGAGUAAUAGGGUAAUAGGUUAUUUUUGAUUUCAAAAUGAGUUAAAACAACUUUACGUGCAUUUGUUAUUAUUUUCGUUUCUCACAAUUAUUCAUCGUUAUGGUGGAUCGUUAUACUAGAAAUAUCCGAGAAUAUCUACGUGUAAUGUGAAAAAACUCCAACAAUGGAUUCGGAAAUGGAGGAUUCCUAUGAGAGCGAAGAACAUUUGGACGAGGAAGAAGAGAACGACCCAGAUCCACUGAUGAUGACUGAAGAGAAUACGGGAAUCUACAACCUUGAGCUUCCUUACGACCAGCUGGGAUUGUGGCAUAUGAAUGACGAUGUCGAGGAGGGCGAUGAUUCCAACGGUGAAGUAGAGGAAAAAUCUGGUGAAGAAUAUGUUUUUUCAUUCACUGGAAUAUUCUGCCGUCGACUGUAUCGCAGCCAGCAACGCCCAAAAGAAACAAACAGAGCUUUUGUGAAUGGUAAUUCAGUGAACGAAAUUCUGGAAUCAAUUUGGGUUCAAGCCAAAAACUUAAUGGAUCGACAAGUCACGUUCGAGAAUGACGUUCCCAGUUGGGUGGAGAAAACUGAACCAACCAUCGAAGACAUGCAUGAGUUUGUAACUCUGCAAGACGAUGUGAAGAGAAAACUGUAUGCAGUUAGUCUUCUGACACCACGGCUGCUGACGAACUGGCGAGACAAAUGUGUCAAAAUAUUUGUCUAUGCCUAUUCAUCGAGGGUGGAAACAGCCGGGCAGUACCAGCAGGUAACAAAAAAAAUAUUGGCGCCACAAAAUCCUGACCGAGCGGGUGCCCAUUCAACAAGGGAUGAUGCUGCGUUGGCUGAUGAGCUACGCCGAAGUCAUUGCCACCUCGAGGGCCAUCAGAGCUCAUGGCUACUAUGGGCCAAUACAAUAAAUUCUUCGCCAGCUCAUAAGCAGGAGGAUUUGAAGAAAGCGGAAUCCCCGCCUAUCGAGCUUUCGAAGUAUUUUCGAUGGGCUGCUGUGUCUGAAGCAGCUCGUUUACAAUCACUUCACCGAGGAAUGGUUGUAGCUCGGACAUCGAAUAGUGCCUGGUGUCGUGAACUAGAUGAUGUGAAGACCGAAGUUUCUCUCGGAAUUUCAAUUCUCCAAGGAGUAAUGCAAAAACUGGAGGCCAUGACUUUUCGGGGUCAUACUGAGUCAGAGCUUUUCAGUGCGAUGGAAUCUGCCACCCAACCGGAAAAAUCAAGCUUGAGUCACCCCUUGGCAGAGAAAGUCAUGGAUUGCACUGAUAUCGAUCAUGCGUAG